AUGAGAAUUCGGAACAAGAGACUAAGAGACCUGGCCUCCAUGAUCUUCACAAUAUACUACCUCAUUGCUGCGGAACAAGCCGAUGAAAAGGUGCGAAAGGUACGGGCAGUCCUGACUGUGGACCAUUUGAGAGUAUCGUGGAACAAGCCAAACACACCCUAUCUCAGAUGGCUUACCGCGUUGAUGAGACCUCGAUUCUGCAGAUACAAACCUAGGAGGAUCCGUAUCCCACGACCGAAGCAAUCCAACUACAAAGAGCCUGUUGUGGCGUGGAUGUACUUCGACGGGUCCCUGGCAGAGCUGGAGAAGCAAGACAACCUGGUGCUGGACAUUCCAGGAGGGGGUUUUGUUGCGAUGGACCCGAGGACUAGUGAUGACAGGCUCCUUGCCUGGGCAGGGAGAACAGGACUGCCUGUCCUCAGCCUGGACUACCGAAAGGCUCCAGAAUAUCCAUACCCAUACGCCUUGAACGAAUGCUUCGAUGUGUAUACACAGGUUAUUGCCACUCGAGGACGAUGUAUAGGGAUGAAGCCAGAGACAUGUCCCAGGAUCGUCCUUACAGGAGACAGUGCAGGUGGCAAUCUGGCCACUGGGACAACCUUGAUGGUCAUUCAAUCCAAUCAGACAGGAAAUUCACGAGGCAUAUUGCCUUGUCCAGCAGGUCUGGUCCUGCUCUACCCAGCAUUGGACAUGAACAUCAGCAGUUGGAUGACUGAUGAUCAGAUGGCAUUGAUUCGCAAUCCAAGAACAGCCAAGAAGUACGAGAGGUUCAUCAAGAGGAAGAGUGAGGACAUUGACCGUCGUUAUACGCCUACGACUCCCAAGCCUUCGGAUCAUGGGGAGAAUGAGCCAAACUUUGACUUCUUCACGCCUAGGGACGACGCAAGCAUGGAAAAGCCGGCCAUCGUUCGUCAAAACACCGAUGUGGAAGCACAAAGACAAACAGUCGCUGCUCUAAAACCUCAACCCCUCAAGACCAGACUGGCGGUCUCGUCCAUCAUUUCAUACUUUGGCGACCGCAUCCUGACACCCGAGAUGAUGCGAGCCAUGAUCAUACUCUACGUCGGUCCAUACAACCGACCCGACUUCACAACCGACCACCUGCUCUGCCCCGCGGUUGCUCCUGAAAACCUGCUUGCGAAAUUUCCCAAGACGUAUUUCCUCACUGGCGAACGAGAUCCUCUGGUCGACGACACCGUCAUCUUCGCUGGGAGAAUACGACAAGCCAAACUACAUCUUUUCCGUGAGAGACAAGAAGUUGGGCUGGAGAAAUCUACAGCCGAGUUCAAUGAGAAGGACCAUGUUGAAGUCACCCUUAUCCCUGGUAUCUCUCAUGGCUUCGUCCAAUUUGUGUCGGUCUUUCCCGAUGGAUGGAAACAUAUCUUUCGCUGCGGGAAUUGGAUCCAAGAAACCUUUUCCAAGCCACCGCAUGCAUUCGAGGGCCCAGCCAUCGAGUCGAGGUUGAGAAGUGGAACACUUACACAUGAUUCUCCUGGCAGCCUUGAACUAGCUUCAACGCAGCUACGGCAUCAUCAUCGGACUCCAACGGGCGAGAGCAUGGACGAUGAUGCUCCGCUGAUCAUGUCGUCCAUUAAGCCGGAAGAAGGUAAAAGUUCGCCUCAGAGGUCGAAUGGGGCGGCCAAAGAAAGCAGUUGGCAACGUGGGCGAGCGACAGAGGAAAAGCCCAAGCCCGAGAUGACCAGAAACAAAAGUCUGACUUCGCUUGGUAGUGAAGAAGACCUGCUCAAGCGACGGAUGAAAGGCCUGACGGUUGGAUUGUUAGGGAACAGCGAUUCCUGA